UUUUAAUUCAUUGAUUUAUUCCUUAACUUCUAUUGGACAAAAAUACAUUCUGACAGAUGUCACCAUUCGCCCCGCCGUAUCGUCGUCCGGCGUCUCGUCGAUCGGCGACUACCUAAUUUAGGUGUAAGGCUCCAAGAUACCGCCGGCGACAUGCUUCAGACGAGCAUCAUCCCAAGACGCCUGACUCCUUCUUGUGCCUGGACCGUAUAUCACCGCACAUACGUGAUUCCGCAAUACCCAACCAUGAGUAUAAUUAAGACAACCUCCGCUGCUGUUGUUGGACAUCUUACUCACUUCACUAAGUUACAAGUCUUCUUUACAACCCACAAAUUUACGUAUUCCAUCAAACCCCAGAAAAUCUUCUUAAAAUAUAUUCACAAUGAAGAUCGCCGUUGCUACUCUUUUGCUUGCCACACUCGUCUCCAGCACCAUUGCUGCGCCCGUCAACGACCAAGCUCGUGACGUCGCCGAAAUUGGCGCUUCGCUCGAGGACGUGCAGGCUCUCUUCCAUGGCCAGGAGAACGACGAUACUGAUUUCGACCAGCUUGAAAAGCGUGCCGUCCUUGACAAGCUCAGAAAAGCCCCUGGUGGCGCGAUUAAUGCCAUUACCAUCGCCGACGAGAUCUUCGAGGGCAUCAAGAAGGUCUUUGAUGACUUCAAGAAGAAGCACACGAAGAGCAAGAACCCGCCCAAGAUUGCCGACAAGCCAGUUCAGGCUAAGCCUGGACAGACUGCUGGUGGCCAGCCAGCUCAGCCCCCCGUUGCUGAUGCCAGCCCUGCUCCCCAGGCUUAAAACAUGACUUUAUGACUUUUAUAUUGGAAGGCGUUAUUGGAUGGGUGGGAAACGUACAGUUAUAGGCUUGGGCAUUGACAUUUUAGCCAACAGAAUAAGAAAAAUACAUUCAUCUCUCUUCACAUUAUAAUACUGGGCUCAGAUGGUGACAAUUGUAUAUACAUUUCAUCUAUAACAAGAAGUUAUCGACUAAUAGCUCCAUACAGAAUAUCUCGACAGAACCAGAGACACUGAUAGGCUUGCCAGCGCGAGAAGCACCAGAAGACUCAACAAUCCAUUGUUUAAGUCACGCGCCAAUACAACACGUAAACCUCGUCAUUAUCAAGUCUGACUAACUAUUUCACCUCUAAAUUGCUUCUUUUAUCUCCAUCGUUAUCGCUUUUCCCGGAGUUCGAGAUGGACAGGGCGUCCCUUUAGACUCUCCGAAGUCGGCGCACCAGAUAAGCUGCGAUAUGCCCCGCGAUGUUCCGGAACGGCCCACUCCUCCCCGGCUACCUCUACGCCGACAUCGCCUAGUAAGGCGCAG